CGCUUUUCUUGGACGGAGAGGCUCCAGGGUGCGGGCAUUCUGGGCGCGGGACGAUGUGCCGGGUGGACGCCGGCCAGGUGCUAAAGCCGAAAAGCAGGAGCCUGGGCGACAGCUUUGGCCUCUACAAGUGCGCUCUGCGAAACAAAGAAGCCGGGCGCGGCGGCGGGCGCGAACUAGUAGAACAUAAUGGCGCGCCGGGGUGCGGGCCCACAACGUUCAAAGAAGCCCGCCGCGGGUGGCGCUGUAGCCAGGGGGGCGAGAAGCUGCGGCCCGGGCUUCGGAGGCGCCUUGGCGCCUUGGGUUGAUUGUGGCCCGGCGCGCCGCGCGCUGGUAGGGCGC